AGGACUGGCCCAAGUCGUCUUCUGCUCGUGCAUGUUGGAGCGUGCACUCUCUCCUUUGUUCUAGCGAAGCCCAGCCCGUGGCAGCGGAUGUCGGCUCCGCCGGCGCCCCGCGGCGCCGCAGCGGGCCGCGAGGAGUGCUGGCGGGGCGGCCGCACGCCCCAGCGCUGCUGCGUGCGCGCGGACCUGGCCUGCUGGGCCGAGGCCUCGGCCCGGGCGCGGUGCUGCGGCAACCAGUCGCUGCCGUGGUGGCACGGCGGCCGCGUGGGAGGACCGGCCCGCUUCGUGCUCUGGUUCGUGCGCGAGCGCCCCGCCUGCGUGACGAGCCCCCAUCUGCGGCCCGCCGCCUGCUGCGGCGGCACCGCCGAGGCGGCGUCCUCCUGCUGGGGCGGCGCCUUCACCAAGGAGAGGUGCUGCGGCCACGCCGCGCUGCCCGCGCGGGGCGACCCCCAGUGCUGGAACGGGAUCUACUCCUACCAGAGGUGCUGCGCGACGCCGGCGGGCCCCGCGGACGACGAGUCCUGCUGGGGGCCCCCCGGCGAGCAGGGCGGCUUCACCCCGGAGCGCUGCUGCGGCACCGCCGCGCCUGCUUCCGGCGGAAGUGGGCGGAACUGGACCGCGCUCCACGCGCUGGCCGCCAGGUGCGCAUAUGGGCGACCAGGGCGCCUGGCGUGGUGCGCGGGCAGGUGGCCGGCGGCCCUGGGGCGCGGCACCGCCGCGCUGGGGGAUGCGCACGCCAGGGGCGCGGCGCUGUCGCUCGCGCGGAGCGCGCUGGGGGCGCCCGCCCUCGCGGUGGCCGUGCUGCUGCUCGCCUGCUGCGCGCUCCUGGACGCCGCGGCCGCGGCAGCUGGCCCUCCGAGGACCUGGCGCGAGCGGGGACCGGACCCCCGCGACACGAACGACCCGCGGCGGGAGGACCGGAAGGCCGUGAGAGUGGGCGACAGGGUGUUCUUCGAGAGCAGGGUGCCCUGCUGGCUCGGGUUCCACUGCCGCCGUGCGGUCUGCGUCUUCACCCACCCGGACGGCCGCCGCGUGGACGGCGACGAGUCCCCCCAGAGGAGGAAGAGCUGGUCUCCGCGCCGGCCCCGCAGCUCCCCCAAGCGGCCGAGGCGCUCGCCGCGGCGGCAGCGCGCGCGCUCGCGCUCGCGCUCCGCGAGGAGGUGGGCGGCGCCGGGGUCGCGGGCCAGUGCGCCGGCGCGCCGCGCCUCGUCGUCGUCGUCAUCCGCGUCCUCGCCGUCGGCAUCGCCGGCCUCCUCGCGCUCCAGCUCGCAGUCGGGCGGCGGCCCCGCCGGCGGGGCGUCGCCGGCCGCCCCAGAGGCAGGCUCCUUCCGCGAGUUCGUGAGGACGCUGGAGGACUCGACGACGCCCGAGGAUGCGGUCGCGGAGUGGAAGAAGCAUCAGGAGAAGCUGAAGCUCAAGGAGCGCCUUGCGCAGGAGGCGCUCGUGGAGCAGGGCCUCGAGAAGGUGAAGGGCACCAGCCUGUUCUUCGACUCAUACCACCCCCUCGCUGCCGUCAGGAUCUACGAUCUUCGGGUGCGCUGCGCCCAGCGGAGAGCGGAGCUCUUUGUGAAGAGCGUGCAAGAGAAUCUUUACGAUGGGCUGCACUUGAGUACUGCGGCGCCGGGGACCGGUGCUCGCGAGGGGGCCACGUGCCUGACUGCCGGGCACAUGAAGGCACCACACUUCGCUUUCGACCCGGACGUGAAUGGGCUCGUGUUCAGCGAGGUGCCUCCCCGAACGAGCAUCUGGGCCAUCCGCACAGCUUUGGAACGGUGCCCUGGCUUCUUGCAUUUUUACUGCUCCGAGCCGGCACCGAAGAGCCUCGCGCGAGAAGUACGUGCCAGCUUUGCAACGGUGGACGACGCACAGGCAGCACUUUCAGUGCAAUCCGACAGUGAGCUGGCAGGCGCCUUCUUGAAGACUUCUAGGCUAAGCCCUGCGUCGAGCCUCAGCGCGCUGGUUGCUCCGCCAGAGAUGUCUUUGCCCGACCGCAUUUGUAAGGACGAGGCGCUGUCGGCACAGGCAGUGCGCCUCUUGGAUGAGCUGGCUGGCGUGCCGUCAUCGGUCACGGACGCGCUCCUCUCUACAGGCGUCUCGCAAGAGUCUGGGGGCUUGCAGGCCAAGCUCGAUCUUCAGGUGCUCUACCUGCGGCGGGUGCACCACUUCUGCUUCUACGCGGCUGAGUGGUGCAGCAGCGAAUGGGACCUUUUCCGAAACUGCGGCGCUGUGAUGCUCCGCGACGCGCUUCCAAAUGACGCCACGGGGGUGACGCCCGGUCCAUGGACAGAUGCUCACGAGCAGAGGCUCGCAUUCUUCCUCACAACAGCGCAGCUCGUGCAGCCUGCCGCCAUGAGCGAGGCUGACCGCGUAAAGUUGGACAAGACUAUCGCUGAGACGGUCGAGAAGAAGACCGAGAAAAUAUCGGAAGGAAAGUAUAAGUGCGUUGACUGUGGUAAGCUCUUCCGUGGACCAGAUUUCGUCCAGAAGCACCUGCGAAAGGCGCACACGGACAUUUUCGAGGCCAUCAAGCAAGACAUCUACCAGGAGGCUGCAUGCGAGGCAUUCCGUAAGAACCCAAUCCGUGCGUCUGGAUUCCAGUAGCUGGCGUCCUCUCGGCCAGGCCCGUGCAAGAGCCUCCGAAAUGGGCCGCCUCACAUUUAGAAGCGCCCCCUCUGCUUGGCCAACAGUCCCGCCGUGUCGACGGCACGCGUACAGGCCAGCCCUGUUAGAGCGUGCUCGAGCGGGAAUCAGCAGUGCACUGGUGUGCGGUCUUGGGAGACCACGUGGGCACUAGUCCAGCACGUGCAGGCUUUCCUGCUCGGCCCGUGGGCGUUCGCCCUGCUUGCCUUAGAGCGCCGGGCACGGUACGGACGGCUUUCGGGGCCCCGAAGCAGCGGGCGUGCCGAGGCGAAGGUCAGGUCGACCAACAAACAAACGGCGCCACCCCACCUUCGGCCCUCC